AUGACCGUUUUCAACGACUGCCCGCAACACAUCACUGUGAUUAUUGACAACAAUGACAAUAUGUCGGAGGACUUUGCCAGCCCUAGUAUCAUUGCUUCGGGAGGAAAUGCAUCGGGUUGCGUGGAUGCGAGUACUUGGCCAGGUCAAUCUUCCUUCGACAUGAGCUUCCACUCUGGAGAUAAAAUGCACAUCCUGCUGGGACAGAGCCCAUUGUAUGCGACCUGCACGAUACCAGAGUAUCUACCUAAUGGCAAGGGAGGUGUAGUCUUGGCUCCGGGCCGGCCAUCACAAACUGGCGGGGACUAUAACUUCUGGUUCUUUAACGGGCCGGGAGUUCUGACACCUCUGAUCAAUAGUGUCAUGCAGGCAAAUCUCCCCGCCAUUAUCAAGUAUAUAUCAUCAAACUCCAUCAACGUCAAGAUAUCCGAGACGAACAGUUUGACAAUCAAGGGGCUUCAAUUGGACCCUGCUUCGGUGCAAUGCACGUACGCAGGUAUUCUGCCCAAGUCUGGGGGCAGCAGCAACCUUUGGAAUGUCAACAUGGUCUUUCGACUGAGAGAAGGAUAUCUUGUCGGCACGGAGACCAUCAGCGAUCAAACAGGGAGCUUUAAUCUCUCCGUCACAGAUUUGGUCGUCUACAUACAGGCCCAGAUCGACUUGACAUUUCACACGAAGCCACACGUCACGGCUUUGCAAUGUUCUCUGGGAGACUAUCACUUGUCUGGAACAAUAAUUGACGUCCUGGAAGCAUUAUUCCCCUUGAUUGAAAAUCUCUUCUCCAUUGGCGCCACGCCAUUUAGAGUGGCAGGUUUUAUCAACACCAUUUUCAAUGCCUCUGUGAUCAGUGUUAUCAACUCGUUUAUCAGCAAGGUUGUAGAGACACCUCACCCAAAAACAAAGUAUGCAUCCAGUCUGAUACAUAGUCUUCGUUUUGGUUCGUCUGUUCUUGCAUAUCCAAGACGAAAAGUGGUCAAGUUGUCCCGCCCACCCUUGGGGACGGAUCUCAGCAUCUGGAUGUCCACGCCUCAGAUACAAGCAAGAAGGAUGGGUCGACUUAAACUACCAGGGACUCACAGCAGUGCCACAUAUGGGCUCACUGCAGUAUUGAGUCAGAUUGUCUAUCCGCAUGUACAGUUUCUCUGGAACAUGAGCGCCCACGCCUCUCCCGCCAAUGGAAACUGGCCAAUAUGUAUACCCCCCGAGCGCAAGAACCCCUUAUACAUUGGGCCGAUCUGCCACAACUUCAUCUUGGGCCGGGCAGUCAAUGCCAUUUCGCGCACUCAAGGGCGCAACAUCUUGGAGCAGCUCCAAUCCGGCAUCCGGCAUUUUGACUUUCGCGUCUACUACGACACGCGCGACGGCCACUUUUACACGCAGCACAUUCUGCGCGGCCCGCUCUUCUCCGACGUCCUCGCGCAGAUCCGCUUCUUCAUCAAUGCGCACCCGGGCUCGGGCGAGCUCAUCUUUGCCGCCAUCUCCCACACCAACUUUGGGCACCACCCGGCGCAGGCCCCGCGCUUUGCCCAGCUCGUCAACUCGUACAUUGCGCCCGAGUACCUCUACUACGAGCCCGACUCGUUUGGGCAGCCGUCUUUUGACUUCCAGAUCCUGUCCGAGGCGACCGUGGCCGACAUCACCCAGGGCGCCCCCAAGGUCAUGUUCAUGAACCUCGACUGGCGCGUCUACGCCUUUGCCGACGUCAUUACCAAUACCGACGGCUACGCGGGGGCACCCAUCCGGCCCGGCGACGAGCCGCGCACCGUCGACGAUCUCUCUGCCCAGCAGGGGCUCGGCCUGCGCUGCCAUCACCCCGACUCGGCGCCGCUGUGGUCCGUCGACUGGGUCCUGACGCCCGAUCUACCCACAGUGGUGCAGACGGUCCUGAUUCAUCUCACGGGCGUGCAGAAAUGGGCGCUGCAAGACAUGGCCGCGCAAGCCAACGCGUCACUCGCGGGGUUUCUGAAUCUGCACGGCGGCGCGAAUGCCAGAUUUAAUGUGGUUUCGGUGGAUUGGCUGGAAUACGGAGCUGAGAAGAGCGUAUCAGAGCUUGUGAUUGGAAUGAAUCAUUAA